CCAUGCCGCCCCCACCACCACGAACAAUCUCCAUCUCCCAACCUCCCCACCCUUCCCCGCAACCUCCGACCGCACACCUCAAAGCCCACCACAACCCCCAAGGCAAAGGCUUCAUCAACCCAUGGCCUUCAUGGCGCGACAUGAACAUGUGGGAGAUUUUCAAAUGGGGAGUUUUGGGACGUUUGACGGGCGAGAGGAAAUUUGUGGAAACUUCUCCUGCGGAUCCGGGGGGGUUGCUGAAUGUGUUGAAGCCGGGGUCUGGGGGGGAUGAGAGGGUAAAAAAGGGGAUGAUAUCUUCAAGAGCAGGAGGAGGAGGAGGAGGAAAAGGGAAAAACCUGCGUACAACUUGGCUCGGUCACGCAAGUUUCUACGUGGAAUUCCCAGGCGGGCUACGAGUUUUGUUCGAUCCUGUUUUCACACCGCGUUGUUCGCCGUUGAGUUUUCUCGGGCCAAAACGAUAUACGCCUCCAGCGUGCGGGGUGCGAGAUUUGCCGCGUGUGGAUGUGGUGGUGAUUAGUCAUUGUCAUUAUGAUCAUCUGUCGUAUCCGACGUUGGUGGAGAUUCGGGAGCGGUGGAAGGGCGAUGUGGUGUUUUGUGUGCCGUUGGGGGUGCGAGAGUGGUUUGUGAAGAAUGGAUUUGAGGAGGCGAGGGUGCUGGAGUUGGAUUGGUGGGAGGAGAGGGAUGUGGAGAUUUCGUUGGGGGUGGAGAGGGAUUAUGUUGAUGAGAAUGUUGAUAAUGUUACUGCUGCUACUGCUGCUGAAGAAGAAAGAGAACAACAACACAAAAUCUCCGCAACAAUCUCCUGUCUCCCCAGUCAACACAUGGCCGCCCGCACGCCCUUCGACAAAGCCCAAACCCUCUGGUCCUCCUGGUCCAUCACCUCCGGCAACAAAAAAGUCUGGUUUGCCGGCGACACAGGCUAUCGCUCCAUCCCCAAACCCUCCUCACCACUCACCCCCACCUCCGAAGCCCAAAAAUUCUCUCACCUCCCCCACUGUCCCGCCUUCCACGAAAUCGGUUCCUAUCGAGGCCCCUUCGAUCUCGGUCUCAUUCCCAUCGGAGCCUAUUCCCCGCGAUGGAUCAUGUCACCCAUGCACGCGAACCCCUUCGACGCCGUGGAAAUUUUUGUCGAAACAAAGUGUCGCAGAGCGUUGGGAAUGCAUUGGGGGACGUGGGUUUUGACGGAUGAGGAGGUUAUGGAGCCGCCGAGAUUGUUGAGGGAGGCGAUUCAGUGGAAGGGGUUGGAGGAGGGAGUGUUUGAGGUUUGUGGGAUUGGGGAGGAGAGGGAGUUUUAGUAUGGGGAUGGAGAGUUUGGUAUGGUAUGGAGCUGUGGAUACUGAAUACUAGAGACAGCCAUUUAUCGAGCUGUAAUGAAGGAAGCUACCUACCUACCUACCUACCUACCUACCUAGAUAGGAUAGGAUAGACUACCUAUCCGAUGCAAGCCGAAUCCAAAGGAUCGGUCACGCGUGCCUCUCCUCAACUCACCUUGUUAGAAGAGGGGGAGGAGGAGGAGGAGGAGGAGGUAAUUACUGUAAUAAGUAACACAAGUAGAGUAACAUAAGUAGAGCAACACAAGUAGAGUAACACAAGUAGUAC